AUGUUCAACCUGUCUGUCUACCAGAACCCAGCCUGCCCUGCCGUGCUUCUCCUGGGCAGUCGUGACGUUGAGCAAGCAAGUGAGCCAAUUCAUCACAGGUUGCCAAGCGACAGCUUUCUGAUCAUCACCAACGAGAUAGCAAGACGGGUCUUUCGUAGCAUAGACCCAUCUGAUAACUAUCCAGCUCAACCACAACCUCUCAGAGCCAAGGCAUCAAAACACAGCGAAACCCUCUCAAUGUACAAUGUCGUCCCCUGA